AUGAGCAAGCGUUCAUGUUUGCUACGGCACAAUCAGUUACCAUCAGUUACAAUGAAAUGCUGUGACGAUCACGCUCAAAGCAAAGUGUUCAAGCAGGAGAAAGGCAAGGCUCCCCCGUGCCCACAGUGUGGACAUGAAACUCAGGAGACCAAAGAUCUCAGCAUGUCCACCCGAACACACAAAUUUGGCCGGCAGAGUGGCGCUGAUGAAGAUGAUUAUGGUGCGUCUGGAUACAGCUCCUAUUGGACAAAUCAGGAAUCUGGAGGGGGCUACAAAGACGAGGAGGAUGACGACUUUGACGAUGAUUAUGAUGAAGAGGACGAUGAGGAGGAGGAAGACGACCCAGAGGUGGAGGACUCUCUCUCAAAUCUGAGUUUGGGAGCAAGUAGAAAGACCCAAUAAAAAUGUACAAUUUGUAGAUGGGAUUCAGAAAUUCAGAUAUAGGUGUCAUCUAAUAUCGUGUCAAAUAUUUGACCUUUUACCUAAGGUUUUCUGCAUUGCAUUGAUAUGAAUGUGUGCAUAAAUGUUUGACGUUGUCAUCCUUUUUGAAUUUUAAAUAUAUCG